CCUUAGCAACUCUUCAGUUGUUUAGGAAUUCUCCAAAUUAUUUUGGGAAGAAAAUCUAAAAUAUUUUAGCAAAAUCGAGAAGCUAAAAAGAAAAAAAAAUAUAUAAGAAGGCAUGGGUCCAAGGGCUGUUACCUUCUCAGAAGAGGAUAAAGCCAUUGUCAACAAGCUAAAAGGGCUUCUCGACCAGCUUCAUGUUCCAAGCCGUAUUAACACAGUAGCUGACAUUGGUGCUGGAGUGUUUGUCACAUUGUAUGAAGGUCUGUGUGGAGAACAACUUCCAGGUAUAAUAAGGUCUGCUAACACCAGAGAAGAUGAAAUUCAUAACUGUCAGAUAGUGAUAGACUCACUAGCAGGAGAUGUUUUACACACGUCCCUGACUCACAUUGGUGGUGCCGACGUUAUUGAUGGGAACCGAGAAGGAAUAAAUAACCUGGUUGAGAUAUUUUCCGGUCUUCUUGAGUACAUGCUGAACAAGAUUGAUAGUGACGCUUCCACUGAUAAUGAGGAAGAUGGUCAUAACCUAACAGCUGACGAUCCAGACCUGAUCACACGGGAUCAAAUAGAUGAAAUUCUUGAGUCAGAGCUGCGAAGAGAAAGACUGUUGAACGAGGCAACUGGAAUAAAAAAUGCUGGUCCCACAGCAAGAUGGGUUGAAGAGUGUAGCCCAUCAAGGAGAAGGCGUGGAGAAGAUAGAGAUGGUCUCGAUUUAACAAUUGAAGAUUUAUCACUAACUCCAUCAAAAGAUAAAGUCGAAUCAACCGCAGAUUUGAUUAGAGAAACGGAAGAGUUGGAGAGACGUCUCUUGGAGGAGAGAAGAAUACUCGAGGAAACUAAAAGACAAAAAGAAAGACUGCUCAGCAGUUUGUCUGAAAGAGAAUCAAGAUUAAGUGAAGAAGCAGUGAGAUUCCCAGAUCCCCAUAUUUCUCAACCACAGGUCUCAGAUAAAGGGAGACAAUCUCCAAUUGUUACAGAUAAACCGCCAAUGAGUGAAGGUUUAGUAAGGGAACGUGAAAGUCGAUCCGAUAUAAUCCGGCGUCUAGAGAAUGAUCCUCGGUACAAGUACAUGUUACCACCAACCCAUGCUGAGACGCACGCCCACGAUCAGGAAACGGAUGAAACUUUCAGAAAUUUACAGAAUAUGGUAGAAGAAACAGCAGCCAUGGCACGCGAGGCUGUAGAUUGCAGCCCAUCACGUGCCAAGUCCAUGUUAGAGAAUCUUGAAGCUGUCAAUUCACAAAGAAGGGCUGUUGCUGCUUCAAAAUCUCCAUACAGAGGUCAGACAAGGUCAGGGGUCAGAGGGAGGUCAGAGGUCACUGCAAGGUCAAGGAGAGAACAACAAGACCUUAGACAGAGAACAAACAAGCGUGCCUCACCCUCUGCCAGGAAGCCUAGUCCAAAAACAGCAGAUAAACUUUCUGAUAAUGAGCUUUCUCCAAGCCGAGCCAAGAGGAAGGUCUCAUUCCUGGUGGAGAGGUCAUUGACAGAGUCUAGUCCAAGUAUUGGGAAGCCUAGCCCUGAUAAGGGAAGAACUGGUGCCAAAUCCCGAAGUUCAGCAGCUGCUAGUGGGAGUUAUCUGUCCUUUGAAGAUAUUUACAGUGAUAAAGAGAACACAAGUUACGAAGACAGACUAAAGAAGCAGUACCAUGACAUUUUGGCCGAUCUGUCUGACGAUGGUUCCCCGGAAAGGUUCCGGUCAGCUGCUGAUUACAGAAAAGACAAAUACAAAGAACUUACCAACAGACCAAGAGCUCUCUAUACUGUUGGAGAUACUCAAAAACUUGUGAAUCAGGAGAAGAAAACUGGCAAGAAAAAAAUAGGG